AUGCCAUCCUCAAAGACACCGUUAGAAGUUGAUGAUGUCACCAUCACCAGCUUCACCGUUACCGACAUCAGAUUCCCCACUAGUCUAGACGGAGUUGGAUCAGACGCUAUGCAUGUUGGCACGAAUGGGUCGCAUCCAUAUAUCCAACUUCAUACCAAUCACCGUGAUUUGAUCGGUGAAGGCAUUGCUUUCAGCAACGGUCGCGGAAGCGAGCUUAUUUGCAUGGCUCUUGACAUCUUCGCUAAACGCGUAGUUGGAAACACAAUGCAUGAGUUGACUCGGAACAUGGGCAAGACCUGGCGAUAUAUGGUCUCCGACUCCCAAUACAGAUGGAUCGGUCCUGAGAAGAGCGUGACGCAUUUGGCUGUUGCUGGCGUACUAAAUGCCGUCUGGGAUCUCUGGGGCAAGAUAUUAGGUCUUCCUGUGUGGCAGAUCGUAUGUGAGAUGAAUCCUGAGGAGAUUGUCCGCUGCAUCGAUUUCAGGUAUAUCACCGACGUCAUUACACCAGAAGAGGCCAUCGCUAUGCUUCAAAAGACUGCUAAAGGCAAGGAGGAACGCUUGAAGGAGGCAUUCGACAAUAUUGCCGUACCAGCCUAUACGACAUCCGCCGGAUGGAUGGCGUUCUCUGGUGAUAGGAUGAAAGAGGUACUGCAUGAGACAUUGGCGCAGGGUUAUAAGGUCUUCAAGUUCAAAGUCGGGACCAGCAUCGAGGCUGAUAGAGAAAGAUUGUCUGCUGUGAGAGACGUCCUGGGUUACGGUAAUGACUACCAGAUCAUGAUUGAUGCUAAUCAGGUAUGGAGCGUGCCUGAGGCCAUUGAGUACAUGAAGCAUUUGGUGGAGUUCAAGCCUGUUUUUAUUGAAGAGCCAACAAAUCCAGACGACGUGCUCGGACACGCAGCUAUUCGCAAGGCGCUGAAGCCGUAUGGCGUUGGUGUUGCAACCGGCGAGGCAGCACAAAACAGAGUCACUUUCAAGCAGUUACUGCAAGCUGAAGCAACUGACGUUGUCCAAAUCGAUGCUGUUAGACUUGGUAGCGUUAACGAAUGUCUUGCGGUCAUGCUGAUGGCCCUCAAGUUCAAUAUCCCAUGCGUUCCACACAAUGGUGCAAUGGGCUUGACAGAACUCACGUCCCAUCUCAGCACGAUUGACUAUGUUGCUAUCAGUGGGCGCAAGUCAAUGCUGGAAAACGCCGACAGCCACCGCGAGAACUUGCGACAUCCCUCAAAGAUUGUCAAUACUCACUACGUCACGCCAUUAUCACCAGGCUACUCUACAGGCUACACUGAUGAGGCGCUUGAAAAGUAUACUUAUCCUGAUGGCAAGUUCUGGUCAUCUGAAAUUGGGUUGAAGAUUAUCGCGCAGCCCACGGGUGGCGAGCUCUAA